AUGGACGGGUGGUCAGACAUCUCAUCGGCGCCUCCGGAGUACCGCGAUGUUGCCUGGAUAGCAGAUCGGGCUCUAUUAGCCCAAGGACUAGGAUGGUCAAUCAACUAUCUGGCUAUGAUAUACCAAUCGCACAAAGACCGCACCUACGGUAUGGCUAUCCUGCCACUAUGUUGCAACUUCGCGUGGGAAUUUGUCUACACUGUCAUCUACCCCUCUCAAAAUCCCGCUGAGAGAGCCGUCCUCACAACAUGGAUGGUCCUAAACCUCUUUCUCAUGUACACGGCCAUCAAGUUCUCCCCCAAUGAAUGGCAGCAUGCCCCACUCGUCCGAAAGAGUCUUCCUGUGAUAUUUCCUGUGGCAAUCGCGGCAUUUACGGCGGGUCAUUUGGCAUUCGCUGCAACAGUGGGAGUGGCCAAAGCGGCCAACUGGAGCGCCUUUCUGUGCUUUGAGCUUUUGACCGCCGGUGCGGUCUGUCAGCUCAUGAGUCGGGGGUCUAGCCGGGGGGCGUCGUACACAAUCUGUCACCCUUUCGUCGCCUGGCAUGGUAUAAUGUGUUUCUCGCUGGAUAUUGCAUAUGUGGUUUUACUUUGGUACAUCCGUCGACAGGAGCACCGGGGCCAAUCGAAGAAAGUUAUGUGA